AUGGCGGACGUUGACCUGUUGAUUAAAAACAACACGGUGAAAGUGUUUGUUCACGAUACUCGAAAAUAUCUUGCAAAGGAGAUAAUUGACUUAGUGGAGGAGAAACUUGGUGAGGAUAGUGUACUGGCUUGUGUUCCUUGUAACGGUUCAUAUGAUGUUACUCUUGUGCAUAAGGAUGUUGCAUAUAAAUUGGUGGAGGACGGAUUAAUGGCAGACUGUAAAGAAGUAUUUUCAAUAGCUACAAUUAGUAUUAUUAGAAGGCGAACUUUAUACAAUAAAAAUGGUAUAAUAGUUAAUGUAUGUACCUUAUUUAAGAGAAUGUUUAUAAAUUAUAUUAAAAAUUUAAAGUACUAUUUACAAAUGAAAGGUUUUGGACAUAAGUUCACUCUCAUGUUUUUAUCACAUCCUUAUGUUAAACUGGAUGGUGAUAAUGUUUAUGUAAAUAUAGAUUAA